AUUAAGCCUAAAUACUUCUAUAACAAUCCACAUUUCUCUUUUUCUCUGUCCACGUUUCUUGCAACUUGCAACUACUGCAUUGUACCAACAGACACAGAGAGUCAUGGGUAGGUUGUUUGUGGUCAAUCUGGAAGGGAGGAUCUACAGCUGCAAACACUGCCGCACCCAUCUUGCGCUAUAUGAAGAUAUCAUCUCCAAGACUUUCCACUCCAGAAAUGGGAAAGCUUAUCUCUUCAAUAAGGUCGUGAAUAUUUCUCUUGGUGAAAAAGAGGAUAGAAUGAUGAUGACUGGGUUACAUACUGUGGCUGACAUUUUCUGUGUGGGUUGCGGAUCGAUGGUCGGUUGGAAAUAUGAGACUGCCCAUGAUAAAGGCCAGAAGUACAAGGAAGGAAAAUCUGUGCUUGAACGGUACAAAAUGUCAGGUCCUGACGGAAGCAAUUAUUGGAUCAGCCAUGAAGCAAAUAUUGGUGGAAGUGAUGCAGAUGAUGCUUAAUCAUUCUGCCAUUCUCAAUUAAACAAAGUUGGAUGGAGAAAGCCUUUCAAGUGCUUUGUCUUUGUCUCUCAAGUAAAUGGAAUGUAAUGAAAUAAAAAACUGCUGAAAACUAUGUAUUAACCAAUACUUGGUUGGUUGAUUCUAAGUUAAUUUCUUCUUGAAAUGAUUAAUCAGUUAUGAUACCGAAAAAGAUCCUACUUGAAUGUGAAACACUGACAACUGUUGAUUGAAAUGCAAAGAUUGGUAUUCUCAUCCUGAUGUAGGACUAAGUGUGUGUUUGAAUACCAGCUAAGUGCAAUGUGAAUGAACUUUCAUCUCAAUUCAAAAGAAGAGUUUUAUUCA